GCACCGUCUGGGACAAGCAAACCAUGUGGAAUUAAAAAGAAUCAGCCAUCUGGAGCUCAAAACAGAAAUAAAAAGAAGAAGCAAGAAGCACUCAUAAAGUCACUACAAGGUUCUAUGUCCAAGUUUGUAACGAAAGUUAAUAGUAGUGGAACUGGGAAUUCAUCUACUCAAAGAGAAGAAGAAAAAGAUAAAGAUGAAGUUGUAGCUGAUAUUGAUCAGAAUGAGGAGUCUGGAAAUUCAGAGGAAUGUCAAGAAACUUAUCAAGAUGAAACUGAAAACCAAGAUCAAAAGAUAAAAGAGCAACAAAAUAAAGAUGUCUCUGAUCCAGGAAAUUGGGAAAACAUUGAUAUGGGAUUUAGAGACUUGUUGGUUAAGAAGGGUCCUGCGACAAGAUUAUCAAGUCAUCAUCAGCAUGAGAAAGGUGGUGGUAACUUGGCAACUACAGGAUAUAAUGAUUGGAGAAACUUUUCAGCAAGGCUGAAAGAACAUGAAGUUUCUCAUGAUCAUGUUAUAUCUAUGACACGCUGGAGAGAGUUGGAGCUGAGAUUUAAAGAAAAUCAGACAAUUGAUAAGCAUGUUCAAGAAGAACUAAAUAGAGAAAAAAUCCAUUGGAGAGAAGUAUUAUUGAGAUUAUUUGCAGUGGUGAAAACUCUAGCUCAAAGAAACUUGGCGUUUCGUGGGGAUAAUGAAAAACUUGGUGAAGCGAAUAAUGGAAAUUUUUUGGGUCUUAUUGAGAUGAUUGCAGAAUUUGAUGCAGUGAUGAGAGAGCAUGUUAGACGAAUUGAGAAAAAAGAAAUCUAUGUGCAUUAUCUCAGUCAUAGGAUUCAGAACGAAAUGAUUGAGAUGCUGGCUAAGGAGAUCAAAGUUAUGAUCUUACAUAAGAUCCGUGAGUCGAAGUAUUUCUCCAUAAUUCUUGAUUGUACCCCUGAUAUCAGUCAUAAAGAGCAAAUGACUUUGGUUAUACGAUGCGUGGAUGUUUCUACAAUGACAACCAAGGUUGAGGAAUUCUUUUUGACAUUUUUGAUUGUCAAAGAUAAAUCAGGAGAAGGGCUUUUUGCUUCGCUCCAAGAUGCACUUGUUGAGCUAGAGUUAGACAUUGGUGAUGUGAGAGGACAAGUAAGUGAAACACAUGGAAUUGGAAGUUUCGAGUUCUUGUUUGGUAUGGUUGUUUGGUAUGACCUUCUUUUUGUUGUCAACACAGUAAGCAAGAGUCUACAAUCAGAAAACAUUGAUAUCAAUGUUGCAAUUCACCUGCUGCAAGGGCUUCAAAUUGCAGUUGAUAUGGAGGUUGAAGCUGAAAUUCCUGUGAAACAAAAGCGUAUCAUUAGAAGAAAAAAACACUAUGAUGAAGAUCCAGAGAUUGUUGAUGAAAAUGUGUUAUUAUCACCAGAGGAGAGCUUCAGGAUUGAUUACUUCAACACACUCAUGGAUCAAGCUUUACUAACAGAUGCAAGUGAAGAUACAUUGAAAGCAUCAUGUUUGAAUCUGGAAGCUUCUUUACGGAAUGGUACACAUUCAGACAUAGUUGGUGAUGAUUUGUUUAUGGAACUAAAGAUUCUUCGAGAAUCAAUACCUGAAGAAGUUCGAAAGCCUAUUGAAGUGCUUGAUUUUUUGAAAAAAAAUGGAGGAUUGUUAUCAAAACACAGAAAUUGCUUAUCGCAUAUUAUUGACCAUUCCGGUGUCGGUUGCCACAGCUGAAAGAAGUUUUUCGAAGUUGAAGCUAAUAAAGAAUUAUCUGCGGUCUACCAUGUCACAAGAAAGGUUGAAUGGGUUAGCUAUGUUAUCAAUUGAGACUGCUAUGGUCGAAAAACUUGACUAUAGGAGUUUAAUGGAU